GACAGCCCAACAUCGGAGCCAGCCAACCCACCUCGCUGCCCUACCAGGCACCAGCCUUGCCAAUUUGCCAGUCUACCACCGAGCCCUCCCUCUCCCUAAACGGCUAAACCCCCGAGCGCCGCCUCCGCCACCACGAUUCGUACCUCUCCGUCGGCAGCUUGCUGGAGUCCCCGCCACGCACUACGCCGUAACGUAUCACGCUUGCUCUUCCCGUGACGCAGCCGCGUCGCUAGGCGUCGCCUAUUUCUCGGACAGUCGCUCACCACCAUGGCGGCAGCAUCCGCCGCCGCAGCCGCCGAAGCCAACGGCGAGAGCAAAGACGAAUUCCUCAUACGCGACGACGCGCCGGGGCUGCUCGCCGCUCUCAAGGAGAUGAAGGACGGAUUGGACCUCGUCAGGGGCAAGGUCGAGGCCAUCACCCGGAAGGUCAAGGAGAACCAGUUGCCGACGGCCAACGGGAUCGGGUACCUAGAUGCGAAGAACCAGCUGCUCCUUGGCUACUGCCAGGACAUCGUCUACUACCUGCUCCGCAAGGCCAAGGGGCUCUCGGUGGAUGGACACCCCGUUGUACGGAGCCUUGUCGAGAUUAGGCUGUUUCUAGAGAAGAUUCGUCCAAUUGACAAGAAGGCAGAGUACCAAAUUCAGAAGCUCACCAACGCUGCUGACAAUGCAAUUGCACGAGAGAAGACAGGAAAUGCAGAGGCGAAGGGGAAGGGCGAGCAUUCAGAUGAGGAUGACCCCCUGAAGUAUAGGCCAAACCCAGAUAUGAUGGACACAAAGGCUGGUCCUGAUGGGCAGGAUACUGAUGGUGUUUACCGUCCUCCGAAAUUUAUGCCUACUAGCGUGGAUGAUGAAGAGAAGCGUCGUAAAAAAGAUUCAAGGAGAGAUAAAGCAUUAGCCCGAGUGGCAAUAGAAAAUCCUUAUAUUAAAGAAAUAAUUGACGAUGCUGCGGACAGACCUGAAGAGUGGAAGGAAACAGUGGGCGAUGAAAGCAGGGAAUUUGGGAGGUACAUGCGACAGAGAGAGGAGCAAGAGAAGCAGGAAGAGGAGUUGUUCACUCGGGCUCCUGUAACCAAACGUGAUAAGCAGAUCGAGAAGCGCAUAAGGAGACAACUUCAUGGGCUAGGAGGCUUAACGGAUGGUUUCGACCUUGGAAUGAACAUGCUAAUUGGCGGAGACAAGGAAGAUGAUGGCGGUUCAAGCAAAUCGCAUGGCAAGAGUGGACAUCGAAAGAAGCACCUGAAGAGCAGUAAGAGGAAGAGGCAUUAGCCUUGACCCACACUGAUGUAGCACUUCAACAUGCCAUCAAGCCUAGAAGAUGGUUCAAGCAAAAGCCAAUUGAAAGUUGAAGCUGGAGAAAAUACCAGGAGACUAAGUAGAAAAGGCUUUUGGUUCCUCAAAAUGGAAGAUUAUUAUUUCUGAAACAGAACUUGAUCUGAGUGACUGAGCCUGAGCUAUUGGAACAGUAUGAAUUUAUAUGUCUUGAAAGUGGUAGGUGUAGCAAAUUUUGUUCAUCGUAGUCUCGUAGAGUAUCCCAGAUGAUCGACUUAUUGUUGCAAAUUGUUUCCCACAGUCUGCUUUUUGUUUGUGUUUUGCAAGCUUGUGGAUGCCACGGCUGAAUUUCAACCUAGAUGGGUGCAUGCACUGCAAACCCUUCAGCAGAUUCCUGAUGAAAACAA